CUGAGCUGCAGAUAAGACCAAAAUCUUCUACAGCAAAGCCGAACGAGACCCGAUUUCAAUGAUCGGGUGAUGCGAGAGAUCCCGAUCGGGGAGAUCCUUCUGGGCCGGGCGGGCUGAAGUGAAGAAGCAGGACUUUUCUCUGCCCGUCGGUGCUCACGCUGGCCAUCAGAUGACCAAGUUGUGAAAAGUCGAUCUGCGCUGUCCUUGCAGUUUUCCACCUCGAGACUUCGCAUUAACAUCAUGGCGGCCUCGUCCUCAUCCUCCUCCUCCUCCUCCAACCUCCUGCUCCUUCUUCUAAUUUCAUCCCUGGAUUGGCUGUCCACCCCAGGAUUUGCAUUUCUGAUGGCCCGGGACCACAUGACAUCAUCAGCUCCCCUUGAACCUCAUUUCACAGAGUGCAUAUCGAGGGACCAGGAGACAUUCCGAUGUUGGUGGAGUCCAGGCAGCUUCCACAACCUGUCCUCCCCUGGAGCACUCAGAGUCUUCUACCUUAAGAAAGACUCGCCCACCAGUAAAUGGAAAGAGUGUCCAGAGUAUAUCCAUUCAAACAGGGAGUGCUUCUUUGACGUAAACCACACAUCCGUUUGGAUCCCCUACUGCAUGCAGCUACGCAGCAAAAACAACGUCACCUAUUUCAAUGAGGAUGACUGCUUCACUGUGGAGAAUAUCGUACGUCCUGACCCACCAGUGUCUCUAAACUGGACCCUGCUAAAUAUAAGCCCUUCUGGGCUAAGUUAUGACGUCAUGGUCAACUGGGAGCCCCCGCCCUCUGCAGACGUCGAGGCGGGCUGGAUGCGCAUCGAGUAUGAGAUCCAGUACAGAGAGAGAAAUACCACAAACUGGGAAGCAUUAGAGAUGCAGCCACACACCCAGCAGACCAUCUACGGUCUGAACAUAGGAAAAGAGUAUGAGGUGCACAUCCGCUGCAGGAUGCUGGCCUUCACAAAGUUUGGCGAGUUCAGCGACUCCAUAUUCAUUCAAGUGACUGAGAUUCCCAGCAAAGAGUCUACUUUCCUUCUCACGCUGGUUCUUGUUUUUGGGGCCGUGGGCAUCCUGAUACUCAUCGUUCUAAUUGUCGUCUCUCAGCAGCACAGAUUAAUGAUGAUUCUGUUGCCGCCAGUUCCUGCACCCAAAAUUAAAGGCAUCGAUCCAGAGCUGUUAAAGAAGGGGAAGCUGGAUGAGCUGAAUUUUAUCCUGAGCGGUGGAGGUAUGGGUGGCCUGUCGACUUAUGCGCCAGAUUUCUACCAAGACGAGCCGUGGGUGGAGUUCAUCGAGGUGGAUGCUGAGGAUGCGGAUGCUGGAGAAAAGGAGGACAACCAGAGCUCAGACACCCAGAGGCUCCUAGGUCUGCCCCAACCUGUCAGCCACCACAUGAACAUCGGGUGCUCCAAUGCUAUCAGCUUCCCAGAUAAUGAUUCAGGCCGGGCCAGCUGUUAUGACCCAGAUCUGCCCAACCAAGACACCCUCAUGUUGAUGGCCACCCUGCUGCCAGGCCAACCCGAGGACGAAGAAGCCGCCUUCGAUCUUGUAGAAAGACCCCCAGCCCCAGAGAGGCCCCUCGUCCAAACCCAAACUGGAGGACCCCAGACUUGGAUCAACACAGACUUCUAUGCCCAGGUCAGCAAUGUGAUGCCCUCCGGAGGCGUGGUGCUGUCUCCUGGCCAGCAACUCAGAAUCCAGGAGAGCACCUCAGCCACAGAGGAAGAAACACAACAGAACGUAAAAGAGCCCAAAGGCGGCGAGGACACAGAGGAAAAGAAGCUGAAGGAGCUGCGGUUCCAGCUGCUGGUAGUGGAUCCUGAAGGAAGCGGCUACACCACGGAGAGCAACGCCCGGAAGAUCAGCACUCCCCCAAGCUCCCCCAUGCCUGGUGAUGGGUACCAAACCAUACACCCUCAGCCAGUGGAGACCAAACCCGCAGCUACAGCAGAGGAUAAUCAAUCACCUUACAUUCUUCCUGACUCUCCCCAAACCCAGUUAUUUGCCCCUGUCGCAGACUACACAGUGGUACAGGAGGUGGACAGUCAACACAGUCUGCUCCUCAACCCGCCUUCCCGCCAGUCUCCCCCUCCCUGCCUGCCCCAGCCCCCCCUCAAGGCCCUACCGGCUAUGCCCAUAGGGUACAUCACCCCAGACCUGCUGGGGAACCUCUCACCGUGAAAUGACACUGUCGUUCGGCCCUUAGAUGUAAGGUUGAUUGACCAGGAAGUCCUCUGCAGUCACGAAAACCUGUUUCUACCUGAUUCCUGCUGGAAACCAAAUAACUUGCAGCACACGGUAUGGACGAGCGUGUACAGGUGUUUGUUUUCAGAGGGGGAUGAAAGGGAGCCGUGAAAAAGCCACAAGCUGCUUUCUAGACUCUUGUACAUUUGCUCCAUCAAUUGAUUUGAUGCAGAGGCAGCCAAAUGUAAACAUCACAUACCAAAUGCACAGCUUGCUCUAUUUGUUGACAUCCAUGCACAAGACACACACAGAUGAUAGGCUGACUGUGACUGUAAUGAGUCAAAAAGCAUUUGCUCACUGCUAAACUGCCUUGGAUCGCAUUACACCUCUGGCUAAUUCUGUUUAGAGCAAUGACUGAUUGAUUGAAGUCAGUCAUGACUGAUGAUUGUUGAAGUCUUAAUCUUAGAUGUCAGUAUAUGAUUGACUGGGAGGAGACAAGCACAUUCUAGUCAUGUACGUCACACCAGGCCGAGAAGAAGUGAUUGCUGUCUUGGUUCCUCUUGCUGGCAGAGGUGUUUUGCCGCUCAAUUGUGGCUUAUUUUAUACUCUUAAAUUUCUUAUCUCAGUACGUCAUCUUAUUAGUACUUCACUAGAGAUAUAUUUUUAUACAAAAAGGCAUUAGCGAAAGAAAGAAAUCCACAAUAAGAUGCAGUUGAAAACACAACUAUGCAGUUUUACCUUGCAUUCCUGGCUUCGUUUUGUUUAAUACUGUUCAUAUUUUCAUGAAUAAGUAGCCAAACAUAGAUUAUAUGAUGUCAAGACAUUUUUUUUCUCUACAGCCACAACACGAAAGAAAUUCUUUAACUAAAAAAACAUGCAGUAUAAAUGCACACAGACAUGCGGAAUUGGGACAAAAUACCAUAUAAAUGUUAAGACAUAUUAAUGCUAUUAUAUCUCUUUCCUUCCUUGGGAGAUUUUUAAAGGUAUUCUUGGAACUGAAGGAAAUCACUCAUUGAAGUAGAAGCAGAAGUGACGAAUUAAAGGGACAUUGCAACAUUUCAUCAUCAGUCGUCAUUCUGCAUGUCCCAGCAUGGAAUAUUCUUUUAACUGGAGUUUUAUUCUGACAUGCAUAUCGAGAACAAGUCACAAAGCUUAACAACAGUUCUUACAUUAGUAGAAGGACUUAUUCUGAUUCAUGCACAUCUUCACAGAGACCCUCAGUACUAACAGUGUAGUGUGGUACACAGAGCACCACCAAGUGCCUUGUCCAAGGGCACGUUGCUAUAGUUAUAUUGAAGAAGGGAAAGGACGCACGUCCAACAGGUCCGAGAAACCAGAUAUUGCAUUUCGUCUUGUAACAGCAGCCAAGUCUCACCUUUGCAACCAGCACUCACUCAUAAUCUGUCACUUAAACUGAAAUUUCAAUGGGUAAGCUUUCGACUUGGGAGUUGUAUUCUUCUCAUGUUGCAUUGUUAUUGCAGGGGCAGCAACUGGAACUAGUUGGAAGACUGUAAAAGUAUGUAAUAGCUGUAAUUAUCUAACAAUUUACACUUAUUAUCCGCCAAGUACACCGUGUUAACAACCUGUGCCUAUGAUUGUGUUAUUGGCUUGCCAUUUCCGUGCUAAAGUAUGCAUCCUAAGUAGGAUUCAUGCAUUUUUGCAUCGCUGCGUACAGGCUCCUGUGUAUAGGUGAACUGGUGUAAAGCCUCUCUGUGCAAAGAUUCACUGCAAAAAACCUGCACAUGCACUAACACAAUAGCAUGCAUGUGUACACACACACACGCACACACACACACACACACUACAUCAAAAACAUUUGCCUUAAUUGACAUUUUUCAUUUGGCCUUCCUGACAUAGCCUUAAAAAUUACGAGCUGAGAACUAGUUGCAAAAUUGCAACCGUAAUUCACACAUUUCCAAUCAUCCUCGUAAAGCUGACCACAGUCUCCAAGCCAAAAAUGUUCACGGGGGUAAACGCUGAAAGCCCUCGAAUUAUGAUUUGAUAGAGUGAGUAUUUUCCCCCCAAAAAAACCUGAGUCAGAUGCAGUGGGCAAUAUUUGUGUAAUUAGGCAUGUUUUCCCGGUUACUUUGACCCCAUACUUUUUUGGAAUAACCAAAUUAAGGACAUUAUUCAAACAGAAUAUGUUGCUUAAUCAGUUAUAUAGUCACAUAAGCUUGUAGUGUAACCUUGCCCUUGAUUCACUGACAGUGUAAUUUUGUAAUAAUCUGUGUAAUAAUAGCCUGUGUGGGUGAAUGGAUAGCAGAGAAGCUCUUUUGUAAAGGUUUUGCGCUCCUAUGUGUUCAAUUCUAUCAUAAAGGCUUUGACAAUAUGCCUGUGACACAGAAGCAUAGCAUAUACUGCAUACAAGAAGCUAUCUAAGCAUAGGUCAAUAGAGGAUGUGCAUGGUUUUGUGAUACAACACAAUGAAUUUUCAUUUCAACGAGUUCAUGAAUGAUCAGCAUUACUAUCGUGUAACAUCAGCGCAGCCUCUGAAUAGUCACAUCACAGCAUAAACAAAACAUCCUUCAGAAUACUAAAGAAAAAACACAUCCUGCCUUUGAAUAAUGUUCUUUGGGAAUCAUCCUUGAGAUAAGCAGGCGAAUAGACAGGAAAGAUCUUUUGUAUCAGACAAUCCCGUAACGAAGCGAGACAAAGCAAGAGCCAUAAAAUGACAAUUUUGAAAAAUGUGAAUAUGAUAAAUAUGUGCCAUUUCUCUCUUUUUGUCUCUCUCUCUCUUUCUCUUUUUUUUAUUUCGAAAAAAGCUCAGUGUUCUGUUGUUGUUGCCUGGUGCCGAUGAUACCAGCAAGUCAAUGCUGUUGCAGAAAUGUCUUAAUAUAUUUACUAGUGCUGUAAGAUUACAAGUAUAGUAUAUUUUUUAUGUCAUUAAUGUUACUAAUCACAAUGUAUUGCUGCUCGGUACAUGUAUUUUUUCCUGCAUUCAGCCUUACUGUGGUGGGAAGGGGUCAUUCAAGACGAUCACUACUCUGUGCAAGUGUAAAUGUAAAUUCAAAUGAGAUGCUCCUGAUACCUGAAAAUGUGAGAAAUUGGAAGGGGUGAUUUAGUUCAGUUAUCAGAAGCAACAAUAGGGCAGUUUUGCCACAAAGUCGAGCUGCAGUGCAUUCACCUUGUGAUGCUCAUUCAACAUUCACAGUGUUUACGUCCAUCCAAAGAUCCCCAGAAGGCUCUCUGCGUACAUGAAGGAAGAUCAGGUAAUGGAAAAAGCGCUGUUAAGGCUCCGCUUCAGUUGCACCGUGGUGAUUGUGAAUGUGUACAAACUGGAAUAUGCGGUGCAUUCAUGAUAUUGAGGAAAAGUUGUAAAAAUGAGAACAGGUAAAUCACUGAAAGUGUUUUUCAGGUUGUGGCAAGGAAGAGAAAUUGGGAGGUGCUUUUUUUUUUUUGUUCAAGCCUGCUGUACAGGUGUUUACGACAUUGUGUCUGCAUUUUUUUUUCCUGUUCACAAUGAGCUCAUUCUUAAUGUAGUGCAAAGGUUUGCAACUGUUAUUCCAAGCUUACAAAUGUUACAGACACUUUAGAGCAAGCACUUUGUACACACACACAUAUAUAUAUAUAUAUAUAUAUAUAUAUAUAUAUAUAUCUGAUGUUUAAAAUAGUAGUCAGAUUUUGUAUUUUGGACUAAAUCAAGUCUAAGAAUUUAUUAUAAAACAGCAUUAUGUUUUUUAUCCAACUCAAUAACCAGACAAUGGGGAUCCUUCAAUAUCAAUAAGCUUCAAUUUUGUUCUACAGAGUUUAUGUUUAUAGGACAUAUUUUACACUACCAGACGGAUAGAAUGAUGUACUGUAAUGGAGUAUUUAAUGUUUGCUUUAAGAUUUAUAGAUCGAACAGAUAGAUAUAGUCUUUUACGAAGUCAUAUCCAAAUAUUUGGCAGAGUGAAAUAGUUAUGCUGUAACUUUACACUCUCAUAUUUCUCCCACUAUGUGAUUUUAGCAUUUCAUUAUUGAAAAGUGCAUUUGAAGGGGCUAUAGUGUUUUCUAAUGAUGUAUUCUGGCCUUCAGCUUCUUGGUUUUUGUCAGUUCAAGGGUCGUUUUUGUCGCUGUGUUAAGCCUGGAAGUAAUCUUGAGUGCUGGAAUUUGGGGCGGUUGUAACUCAAAGAGCGUUCAACCAGGCCUUUUUUCAGCUUGUUGGGGAAAUAAAGUAGUUUAAUUCUUGUCUUGACUACAGCGUCAGCUUAGUUCAGUGGCUCCACUCGAUAUUUCUAUUCACCUCUUAUUUAUUUGUCUUAGAGCCCUCUGAUCACCAUCAGUAGACAGGGCAGCAUGAGUAGUGUGUGCACUGUUAUUCUCUGACAUGUGUCAUCCAAGCUUAUAAAACAGCAUCUGUCAGAAUUGGAAACAGCUGCAUUGUGGUUGCAAGUGCCGAAAAACUCAACAACAUAAUCAUUUUGCAUCGGCGUCAUUAAUUGAUACGACUUUGCUCCAUUUUUACGUGCCUCGAUCUUAUUUUCAGACCUUCUUGACCUUGGAGUCACUGUUCUUGUCUGCUGGCUGCUGUUUUACUCAAGGCCAAGAACUGUGUUGAUAUUUGAUGAUUCGAUAUUGUUCUCUUACCAGUUGAGCCUUUCUGGUGUUGUAUGUGUGAUCAAUAAGCUUUCAACAAGUUACACAAUAAAUGU